AUGGACCAGCAGUUCUUGGGCAAAGUGAUAGCGCUGACAGGGGCGGCAUCCGGAAUUGGCCUGGCAACUGCAAAGCUACUCGCCGGUCGAGGAGCGAAACUGUCCCUAGCCGACAUCUCCUCCGAAGGUCUCGACAAAGUUCGAGCGGACAUCAAAACCACCUCCAAAUCGGAGGUAAUCACAGUCCAGACUGAUGUCAGUAAAGCCGAGGAUAUCGACACUUGGAUCCAAGGCACCGUGAAGCACUUUGGCCGUCUUGACGGAGCUGCCAACAUAGCUGGUGUGAUUCCGAAAUCAAUCGGCCUCAACACGGUCGCAGAGCAAGACCUCGAAGAAUGGGAUUUUCUUUUCUCGGUCAACGUCCGAGGGCUGAUGCAAUGCAUGAAGGCUGAGCUGCAGGUAUUGGAGAACGGCGGAUCAAUCGUCAAUGCCUGCUCCAUCGCCGGUCUGAUGGGACGAUAUAAAAACGCCGCUUACAGUUCCGCGAAGCACGCUGUUCUCGGCCUUACACGAUCAGCGGCCAAGGAGUUUGGCCACCGCGGCAUCAGGAUCAACUGUUUCUGUCCUGGCCGAAUCGCCACGCCCAUGGUCGCAGCGGCAGAGAAGGUCACCAUAAUAGUUAACCCGUGUGCUCUUGGGCGGGACGGCGAGGCGGAAGAGGUCGCAAAGGCGGUUGCAUUCUUGCUGAGCAACGAGUCCUCGUGA